AAAAAAAAAAAAAAAUAAUAAUGAAAAACUUGGAAAAAGUGUCCCUAUAAAUUAUUUUUGUCUUUUCCAUUUAUGUCUAUGUGUUUUUUUUUUUUGAUUUUUAUUUAUUCUUCUAUUUCAUCUUUAUGCUACUAUUAUUAAAUAAUUAUAAUAAUUAUAAUACUUAUUUUUAUUAGUAUGUUAGUGUUAUUAUUUACUGCUGUGUGUUUUUUAUUUAUCUACUUUUUUAUUAUUAUUAUUCUUAUUCUUUUUAUUAUUCUUAUUAUUGGUAACUAUUAUAUUAUAUUAUUAUUUAAAUUAUUUAAAUUAUCUCUCAAUUCUCAAUUGUAUAUUACAUUUGCUUUAGUUUCUUCUUUCUUUUUAUCUCCCUUUUAUUUCAGUUAUAUUGUUAUAGUAUAUCUAUCAAUCUUUUUUUCUAUUGUUUUUUUAUCUUAUCUUAUCUUAUCUUAUCAGACUCUAUUUUACAAUUUCGUUUAUAUAAAUAAAUAUUUAUGAUUGUUAAAA